AUGGCAAAUGAAAAUUCAUUUUCUAAAAAUAUAUUUUCUAAUGGUUUAAAUCUUAAUUUUAGAAACUCAGUUUGUGUAAGCCACGAUUCAGUCCAAAACAUUUGUGCAGUUGGUUUUAACGAUGGUACUAUUAAAGUAUUUGGAAAAUAUGGAUAUGAAGUUUCAUUUAAAGUUAAUGUUAAUUCAAUUAUUAAAAAUAUUUAUUUUCUUGAAAAUGAACCAUUUGUAAUUGUUGUAACAGAGCAAUCUAUCGAAAAGUGGCACUAUGAUAAAAGACAAAUUCAUAAUGUUUUAUUAUAUAAAAAUAGUAGAAUAACAGCUUCAUCAUUCGAAUUUGGAUUAAAAAACUUAUUUUUUUCAACAGAGGAUUCAGUUAUUCAUAUUUUAAAUGUUUAUAACAACUUUUUAUCAAGUCAUAAAAUUGAUUAUCCAUCGGAACAAUUUGACCGAAAGACAAUGUUUGGUGUAUCAAAAGCUAUUCCAAAGACCACACCCCCACAAUCACCACAACAAACAGCAGAAACAUCAAAUAAAGAUGAAAGUAUGGCUUCAGAAGGAUUAUUAUGUGUUACUAGACCAGUUCCUGUACCAGUACAUCCAACAUGUAUGAAAGUAUCACCAGUUAAUGCAAAUCUUUUAUUAGUUGGUUAUUCAAAUGGUUUAAUCGUAGUGUGGUCAUUACAAGAAAAACUUAUUGAAAGACGUUUUUUAGGCAAAUCAGAAUAUUGUACAUCAGUUUCAUGGACCAGAAAAGCCACCAAAAUUAUUUGUUCAUUCAUCGAUGGUGAAAUUCAUAUUAUAAAAUAUGCAAAUUUUGAAAGAAAGGUUUUAUACAGUUCUAUUGCUGCAAAUAAUGUUAUUAAUAAUGAAAAUAAUAAUGAAAACAAUAAUAGCAACAAUGAAAAUAAUGAAAAUAAUAAUUAUUUUAUUGAAGAUUUAAAAUUAAUUUAUUCAAAUUCAAAAAAAUUAUUGUUAUUUAAAGGUUAUUUUUCAUCUUAUAAAGAUAAUAGAUCAAUAUUAUUGGUUAAAUUUAAUAAAUUUAAAGACAACUAUUCAGUUAAUCAUGUUGCAUCAAAUAUUAGUUCAUUCUGCACAAUUUCAACAUCUCCAUACUUUAAUGAUAACUAUAAUGCAACAUCUUUUCAAUCGAUUCUCUGUGUCAAUUUAGAUGAACAAAUAAUAGAAUAUAAAUUAGAACCAUCUACAUUCUUCUUUUUCCCAACUCCAUUAAAAGAAAUUAACAAUAAAUCAAUGAAUCAAUUCCCAAAAAUGACAUUAAUGAAGAGUUUCCAAUGCAAUAGUUUGGUAGUCGAAUUAAUUUAUGACUCACUUAAAUUAUCAUCAAGAUACUUUCCAACUAUUUCUGGUGGCUCUGUCUCCUUAAUCAGCGGUUGCGGUAAUAUUAGAACUAAUGAUAAAGAAACUUGUCAACUUUUAAUAACUGCCCAUGUCGAUAGUACUUUACAUUUUUGGAACGCUAGCGAUUCUAAAAAUUUAAUUUAUUUAGGUGUCUUGGACCUCUCCGAUGUUACAAACGAAAUUAUUACAUUCUCUUUCUGUUUAUCAACAUCACUAUUAUCAAUCUCAAUUAAAGAUAAACAAAAUGAUCAAAAUGGCACAUUGUUAAUGUAUACAAUUUCUUCAGAACCAAAAAGAAUAGAUAAAAGAACUUUUAAACCAAUUAGAGAAUUAAAUGAAAUUAAAAAAACUUUAAAUAAAGAAAUAUCUGAAGAAAAGACUGAAGAAGAAAAAACCAAAGAAGAGACAGAAGAAAAAACUGAUGAAAAGAUUGAUGAAAAGGUUACAGAGAACCCCAUUAAAUCCAAUAUAGAAAACAAGCUAUUACCAUUACCAAUGCCAGAUACCAAUGUAUUUAAGUUAAUGGGCGAUAUCAAGCUCUAUGGUGAACUUAUUACAAAUAUUACCCCUUUAUUAAUUAACUCAACAACAUCAAAUAGAUUAAUCAUUAGUACAAAUCUUGGUAAAGUUUAUCAAUUUGUUAUUUCGCAACUAAAUGAAAAAAAUCCAAGUUACGUAAAUAAUCCAAUCCUUUAUUCGAUUAAUGCAAUCUUUUAUGGUGUUGCCGAUAAAGUAGAACUAAAAAAACCAAUUUCAACAAUUUCAAUCCUUGUACCAGAAAGUAAUAGUAGAGAUAAUAUUGACUCAGUUGCUUUCAUUGGAUAUUCAGGCGGUGAAGUUUCAUUAAUCGAUUUAGAAAAAAUGAAAUUUAUUCCAUUAUCUCUUCAACUUAAUAAAAAAAACAGCAACUCUGAUGAUUCAAUUAAAUCAAUUUAUUUCUUUGAUGAUAAAGAUCAACCAAUUUUAGAGAAAUUUAAUCAUGGUAAAUCAAAUAAUAAUGGAACCAUCGAAUUAAUUCCUCAAGAGAAUACAAAUUCACAAACUAAAACAUGUUAUAAAAGUUUCAAAGUUUUAGUUUCAUCAAACAAAGAAAUUUCCCUAUUCAAAGUCUCAAUUAAAAAUCAAGAUAUUUCUCAAAGCUCAUUCGAAUUAUUAAAAUCAAUAGAAGGAAGCUUUAUUAGUAGUCCAUCAUUAAGCACCCUUAUAAAUAAGGAAGAUGAAACCGAAAAGCCAGUUAUCAUUUCUUUAGAAAGUAGCGAUAUAUUGAAGCCCCUCAUAAAUAUUUAUGAACCAAAUUUAAGCUUACUAGAAUCAAAUGGUAUAGAUCCAAUUAUUAAAUUAUCAUCAAAUGUCUCAACAAGCUUUUCAGUAACAAACCAUUUUGCACAUGCUUUUAUUCACCAAUUUAAUGAAGACAGCAACAAUGAUCAUUCAACAACAAGUCUCUAUUCAAUUUGUAUUGAUAAAGAACAACUUAAUCAAUAUCUUUCAUUAUACUAUAUUAAUCUUCCAAUGCCCGAAAAACCAAUUGUUUCGUCUUCUAUUUCAAGCUUUUUUGGUGCUCACUUUGAACAUUCUUGUGAAGUUUUAGACAAACUCUUCACUGAAAAAGGUACCCAAAUCCCCACUUUAGCAAUUGACAUUGAUAGAGCAAAUCACCAAAGAGUAGUACAAGCAAUUGAUAAUUUACUCCGAACUUCAGAAAAUAUUGACGACUUAUUAAAAAAAACUGCCUCUCUUGCAAAUGAAUCUAAAGUUUUCCAUAAAAAUGUUUAA